AUGUGGAGGAAAUAUAUCUUGACUAUUCUACUCUCAACACCAACAUUUUACAAUGCAUUGGAGUAUUCAGUUCUCUUAAAACCCUGCCUUUAUAUGAUUGUGGACUUAUUGGUCCCUUACCUAAUCAAGUUGCAUGGAAAGCUCCCAAGAUGGAUAGGGAAUGCAUCGUUUUUGGAGAGAUUAGUUUUGUCCAACAAUGGUUUCGAGGGUUUUAUUCCAAUGGAAUUUUGCAAGUUGAAUAGCUUGGACUUUUUGGAUCUUUCCCAAAAUCAUUUAUCUGGAUCUAUACCGUCAUGUUUUAAUCCACCAAACAUAGAGCAUGUCCACCUCCACGGAAAUAGACUUAGAGGUCCACUAUCACUUGCUUUUUAUAAUAGCUUUUCUCUAGUGACUUUAGAUCUUAGGGGAAACAAUUUGACAGGUAAUAUUCCAAAAUGGAUUGACACACUUUCUUCUUUGAGUGUUCUUCUUCUGAAAGAUAAUCAUUUUCACGGUGAAGUUCCAGUUCAGUUAUGCAAGUUGCACUCUUUAAGCAUCAUAGAUCUUUCUCAAAAUAUGUUUUCUGGUCCUAUACCUUCUUGUUUGGGAAAUUUAUCUCUUCCAUUGAAAGAGAAAGAGAGUCUAACAACUAAGCUCUACCUUCCAUUUAUAGAAAGGGAUGAAUCAACAUCCAUUGCAAUGAGAAAAUUGGUAAGGGAUAUAAAUCCCUACUAUCCUACAAGCUACUUAGAAGAAGUAAUAGAAUUCACAACAAAGAGUGGGUUCUAUUCGUACAAGGGCGAUAUCCUUUCAUAUAUGACUGGGAUUGAUUUAUCUUGCAACAACUUAACUGGUCAUAUCCCACCAGAAUUAGGGAACUUGAGUGAAAUCCAUUCUUUAAACCUUUCACACAAUAAGUUGACCGGAGUUAUACCCUCGUCAUUCUCAAAACUUCAUCAAAUUGAGAGUUUGGACCUUUCUUACAACAACUUGAGUGGUGAAAUCCCCAAUCAAUUGGUAGAGUUGAACUCUUUGGAGGUUUUCAGCGUGGCAUACAACAACUUGUCAGGUAGUAUUCCCGAACCAAAAGCUCAAUUUGGGACCUUUAUUGAAAAUAGUUAUGAGGGAAAUCCAUUUCUGUGUGGAGUUAUAUUGCAUAAAAUUUGA